CAAAAAUAUUCCCACAACCAAAAAAACCAACAAUACUCACACACACACACACAAAAACACACACACUUAUCCAAAAAUGAUGACGUGGAGGGCCAUCUCAGCACUCGCAACACUCACGGCGGCGCUCAUCUUUUCCGGCUGCGAAAGCAGAGGCGUCGCCGGCGGCUCAAAGCAGAGCACGGAGUUCAUCCGAACAUCGUGCUCCGCCACGGCCUACCCCUCCCUCUGCUACACCUCCCUCUCCGCCCACGCCGCCGCCAUCCAGCAAAACCCGAAGCUCCUCGCCAACGCCGCCCUCUCCGCCAGCCUGGACACCGCCGCCUCCGCCUCCGCCGACAUGGCCAAGCUCUCCCGUGCCGCCGGCAUGACGCACCGGGAGGUGGGCGCCAUGCGCGACUGCGUGGAGGAGCUGGCCGACUCGGUCGACCAGAUCAAGAAAUCGAUGGCGGAGAUGGAGCGGAUCACGCCCUCGAACUUCGAGGCCGUGAUCAGCGACGCGCAGACGUGGGUCAGCGCGGCGCUGACAGACGAGGACACAUGCAUGGACGGGUUCGCCGGGAAGACGAUGGCCGGCGGCGUGAAGACGGCGGUGAGGGGGAAGGUUGUGAAUGUGGCGCAUAUGACUAGCAAUGCUUUGUCUCUUAUCAAUAACUAUGCCACUCUUCAUUAGAUGUGGCAGAUUGUGCGGGCUGGGCUGUUAUCUGAUCAAUCUGUUAACGAACCCCGGCCUGUUAAGAGUCUUCAUGCUCGAAUUGUUGUCUAGUGCAUGCCUAUUAUUGAGUGAAGUUGGAAUAGUAUACUAUAGUAUAGUACAAUUGUUGUAAGUGUGUGAAUUGUUUAGUUAAUGGAUUCUAGUUACAUGAAUGACAAUUAAAGUUGAUUUUUGGUA